GUUUACUCACAGCGGCCUAGACGCGACCUUUAAGAAUCUUCGACGUGCCGGUAAAAUACCCUAUUGGACUUUUAUCUCACAUCUCACUGCAUCUAGGAGAGAAGCCUGCAGGCUGACUUUGUAUAUCUUGUAAUAUUUUGUUAUCUUGAGGAUUGAUUGUUGUCAUAUUUACAAGAUGGGAGAAGAGCAAGAUCUCCCUAUCGCCCUUCGGCGUACUCGACGAUCUAGCGUCGGAACAGCUGUGCAUUCGGAUCCAUCGCGGUUGCAGACAGCCAAUACCGCGUCAACACCUGCAAAGACCCCAAGCAAACCAAGGUCGAGGAAAAGAGUCCGGUUUUCAGACCCAAGGCCGGCAAUCGAACACCAUGAUGUAUCAGCAACAACGGGAUUAACACCGAUGGUCGGGCGAACCUCUCUCAGUGGACCUUCACCCAAAAGGCGGCGGCACUCCACCCCACUUCGUCGAAGGUCAUGUCAGGAUGCAGAUGACCAGCCAUCCAACAAUGGCAAUGGCACAAACAACGAAGUACGUUUCCUCUCACUACGCCAAGUCCUCGAUGACCGCGUAAAGCGACGCAUUCGAAGGAACGGACUCAGCGAGGAGAUGAACACCAUCCAACAGGAGAAAAGGCGGGGUGCACAGGAGCGCCAAGCAGAAUUGCAGCGUUUACGCGACGAGCUCGCGGAGAAGGACCUGGAGAUUGAUAGGUUACAAAACACGACAGUUAUACAAGAUACGGACCGGAUCCUAGAACUGGAAAGUGAAGUCAGAACACUUAGGGAUGAGCUACGAAGCCGAUCCAGGCGAGACGAUGUCGUCGACGAGACGCACGCCUACGACUGGACGCUGGCUGCGCGUGAUCCGUUUUCCGAUAGUUACAUGGAUGAUGACGAGGGCUUCGGGGAGAGCACAAUGGCGGAGCUGGUGUGCAGCACACCUUCAAAGAGGCGCGCGUCCGCUUCUUUCCCGACGCCGCCUUGUACGAGCCCGACGAUACCUGCUACUCCAUGCUCUACACGAGGAGGGUUUCCCGAGACGCCUCAAUCCCACGCUGGAGUACAAGCAAUGCUACCAGAUCCUGAGAAGGAGGCACUCGAAGCUGAACUCGGGUCGCUACGCCUUGAGCUGACGAAAUUGACCGACGUGCUAGAGAGCCAUGAAGCCCUCAAGACGCGUAUCGCGGACAAACUUAACGCGACUAGCCCCCCCCCGGAUCCCGAGCAUUCAAGUGAUGUAGAAGCACACUUGGACACUGUCCUACAAGCUCUCUCCGACCGAACAGCGGCCCUCAUGGACCUUAACUCCUCCCUCAGUGCCUUAGGUUUCCCCGGCAACGACGCCGGCGAAAUCGUAUCAUCUCUCGUCGGCGCAUUCCGGUCGGCGCGUUUGGAGCUCGAGUAUCUAACACCUGGUGAGAUCGCGCUUCCUCUAUCAUCGCAUGGCGCCCAGGUCCUAGACAUGGUUCUCAACCGUCUACGCGACCUAGCGCGUCGCGCCAAGGAAGACGAGGAUGCCAUCGACGAGUACCAUGCCCUAGAGCUCUCCCUCCGGCAACAACUUGGCGCUCGUGUUGACGCUAUGGAUAGUCUGCGAAAGCAGCUCGGUGAGCGUGAUGCGCGUAUCACUGACCUUGAAGUCGGGACUGAGCGUCUUAAGGGUGCUGCCGAAGGGUACAGGCGCGACGUCGCUGAACUGGAAUCACUGGUCCAGCGUAUGGAGGAAGAAGGUAAAACAGCUGAAGCACAACUUACCGAUAGCAAGAUCGCAGCCGCUGAGCUCGAGGCUAAGUUAGAAGCUGUCCGGGAGCAGGCCGAGGCAUUCCAAUUGCAAUUAACAGAACAGCGCAAGAGGAAAGAGCGUGAAGUUCGCGCGUUGAAUAAAUAUCAUGGGACGAUGCUUGCGGUGCGCGACGCUAAAGUGACAGAGUUGCGAAGGGGGCACGACGACUUGCAGCGUGAAUUACACGAGGCGCACGCGGCGACGGUGAAGCUAAGAGUAGAGAAUCUAAGCUUAGGCCGAUGCGCGAAUGAGGAAAGGAGAAGGGCUAAGGAGGCUGUUGAUGCGAUGAAGGCGGAACUUGAACAUGUGCUUAGGAUGGGCACCGAGUUCUUGGCUACGCCGAAGAAGGAUACUGGCCGUAAGACAGCGGAGAAGAGGCACCUUGAGGAAGAUGAGGAGGAAACAGGAAAUGAGACCACGACCCCUGACGGCAGUCCCUUGAGAUCGGGCGCGUACUUCUCAGGGGAGCAUGCGAGGGCGAGCAAGGGGAAGAAGCGACGAAAGUAUGAUAGCGGAUUGGGGUUCAUGGAUGAAGACGAGGAUGACUGCGUCGAUAUGGUGUAAUCGUUAUGCCACGUCUGGCGUCCUUCGUUAACCCACUGUAUUUCUUUUGUAUAUCACUGUCUACUAGUAAAUGAUCUGGGGGGCAAUCUUUUCGUACCACGAUAAUGGGUGUAGAAGGUUAGAAGGGUAUGGGAAUUAAUACGCGAAUAAUUGAAUGAUAUGUGUUCAUAAUGGCAA